CGGUUUUUGAGAUGCUGGACAGUGUACCUCUGUUUAUGAGGAAUCCAUACUCUGUGUGUGUGUGUGUGUGUGUGAGUGUGGCACAUUCUCCAGGAAAGGACUUGAAUCUGUUUAGAUCAGCUAACAACACCAAUUCCUAGUCCUAUGAAUACCAUUACCAAGUCACAAGAGAUCGCAGGAGAUGUAUGGAGAGCAGGCGAGAGGUAGACAUUCACAAGGGAAGAGAGGACUAAUGAGAGAGCGAGAAGUGUGUGCGAGAGUUUGAGGAAUGAAGGAGUGCAUUCGCACUGAAUAACCAGUGGGCCAUCCCUGACUCGAUGCAUCAUAACAACACUGACCAAUCACAUCACAGCCUCAUGCAUCUCCAUGGUAACUGGGCUUCCUAGCUCCAGAGGAGGUGGAGACGGGGAGGAGAUAAAAAAAAACUAAAGUGUGGAAGGGGAAAAGAGGAAGAGAGAGCAAAUCGAUGUCUUCUGUUUUUUUUUCCCUCCUCUGAUGACUGGUUUCACACCAAGUGCUCCUGUCCUGCUGCGUUAGCCACAUCACAGCUGACGAGACCACAGACCAACACAACAACAGCAGAGACAAUAACAACAACGUAGGAGAACCAGACUAAGGCCAGUCGGGGGUGGUGAUACUGUAGGGACGUCAGGCUGUUUGGCUGAUGGGGCUGAGUGCGGGAGAUGAGAUGGCCCUUCAGUCACUGUUGAUUGGAUCUGCUGGUUAUGACAAGCUGUCGAGCUGUCUUCCUGCUUCUGAAAGGUCUGAACCAUGAUGCUUUCCAUCGUGGCUGUUUGAUGCUGCUGCUGCUUGGGUAGAGCGGCUCGUUGAGACGACUCUCUGCCCCCCCGCCCCCCCAGCCCCCUGUUACCACCAGCCACCAGCCACCAUGUUGAUCAAGGAGUACCGGAUCCCCAUGCCCAUGAGCGUGGAGGAGUACCGCAUCGCCCAGCUCUACAUGAUCCAGAAGAAGAGCCGAGAGGAGAGUUGUGGUGAGGGCAGUGGGGUGGAGAUCCUAGAGAACAAGCCGUAUGAGGAUGGUCCAGGCGGGUCGGGACAGUACACACACAAGGUGUACCACAUCGGGAAACACAUCCCCUCAUGGUUCUGCUCCAUCCUGCCUCAGGCUGCUCUACGCGUUGAAGAGGAGUCCUGGAACGCCUACCCAUACACACGCACACGGUAUACCUGUCCAUUCGUAGAGAAGUUCUCCAUAGACAUUGAGACGUAUUAUAAACCUGACACAGGGACCCAAGAGUGCUUCAAUCUGUCAUCAGCAGAAAAAAGAACAAGGACUAUAGACCCCAUUGACAUUGUGAAGGACUACAUUGCACCUCAUGAGUACCUGGUUGAGGAGGACCCUAAGCUGUACUUAUCAGAGAGAACCAAGCGAGGACCACUGACUGACGACUGGAUCGAGCUCAUCAACCAGAACCCGACCCAGAACACGGUCAUGUGUGCCUACAAGCUCUGCAAGGUGGAGUUCAGAUACUGGGGCAUGCAGUCCAAGAUAGAACGCUUCAUUCACGAUGUUGGCCUGCGCAAGGUGAUGGUGCGAGCCCACCGGCAGGCAUGGUGCUGGCAAGAUGAGUGGUAUGGUCUGACAAUAGAGGACAUCAGACAGCUGGAGCUGGAGACCCAGCUAGCCCUGGCCAGGACGAUGGCCCAGUACAGUCUCAGUGACACAGAGGAGGGGGCGGAAGUGACCAACGGGACCUCUGCCACCCCCGACCAGGACCAGGAGGGAGUGAAGUCCCUGGGGGAGGGGGGAGAGGUGGAGGGAGGACGGACAGGGCUGGGAGAUGCGUUACAGACGCGUGGAGAGCUCACCAAGCAGUGGUCGACUUCGUCCAAGUCGUCUAAUAGAUCCUCGAAGAGAGGAGGAAGCCCCGUCCACCAGAACAUCUCAGAGUGGCGAAUGCAGAGUAUCGCUCGUGACUCCGAUGACAGCACGGACGACGAGUUUUUUGACGCUCACGAGGACUUCUCUGGGGAUGAGGAGAUGCUGUUACAUGCCAAGGAGAUGACCAAGUGGAGUUCCAACGACCUAAUGGACAAGAUGGAGACUACAGAGAUGGACGAGGGCCAGGAGAAUCUGUAUCAGUCGGGUGAAGAGUAUGCCGCCACCAGUAGUGACGAGAGACUCCUUGAGGAUGGGUCGUCUCUGCAGUGUCUGGCGCCCUCAAAGAUCCACGUUCUCCUCCUGGUGCUUCACGGGGGUAACAUCCUAGACACUGGAGCAGGUGAGCCAAAUAGUAAGCAGGCGGACGUCAACACUCUGACCGGAGCGUUUGAGACAGUGAUGAGGGUCCAUUACCCAGCAGCCCUAGGACGCAUCGCCAUCCGCGUGGUCCCUUGCCCCGCGGUGUGUGCCGACGCCUUUUCCCUGGUGUCCAAUCUCAGUCCUUAUAGUUAUGACGAGGGCUGCCUCUCCAAUAGUCAGGACCACAUCCCUCUAGCUGCACUGCCUCUAUUGGCCACCUCCGCUCCCCAGUACCAGGAUGCCGUGGCUACCGUCAUCCAACGAGCCAAUCAGGUGUAUGGGGACUUCUUAAGGUCCUUGGAAGGGACAUCCUUCUCCGGACAGGUGUGUGUGAUCGGGGACUGUGUAGGUGGUAUCCUAGGGUUUGAUGCUCUGUGCAGCAGUAACGUCACCGUCUCAGAGAGCCAGAACAGCAGCAGACGAGGCAGCACUGUCAGCGUACAGGACACAGACCUCCUCUCCCCAGGCAUAAUAAUAAACAGUGUCUCUCCGUCCUCUCCAUCUUCUCCGUCUCUGGAGGGCAGUCGCCAUCUUAGUCGCAGUAACAUCGACAUCCCUCGCAGCUUAGGGCCUGACGACCCCAAGACUAUGCUGCCACGCAAACGCAGUGACUCCUCCACCUACGAACUAGACACCAUCAAACAGCACCAGGCCUUCCUGUCCAGUCUCCACAGCAGUGUGUUGAGAACAGACCCGGGUUCGAGGCGCUCCAGCAGCAGUACCAUGCUAGAGGGAGGGGGGGCGCUAGGGAGGCUGGACUUCGAGGUGGCAGACUUCUUCCUCUUUGGUUCUCCUCUGGGUCUGGUGCUGGCACUGAGGAAGACUGUUGUGCCGUCUAUAGAUGUCUCAGCGUUGCGUCCAGCUUGUCAGCAGGUGUAUAACCUGUUUCAUCCAGCGGACCCCUCUGCCUCCCGGCUGGAGCCCCUCCUAGAGAAGAGGUUUCACCAGCUGCCCCCCUUCUGUGUCCCCCGAUACCAACGCUUCCCUCUGGGGGACGGGCACUCGGCUCUGCUGGUGGAGACUAUGCAGAGUAACCCCCAGCUCCUGUUGGAGUCAGUACCCCUGCGUUACCAGGAGGGGGGCGUCAGUGAGACCUCCAUCCCCGUCCCUGUACUCAACUGGCCCCAACAGGCCGCACAGCUCAACGACACUGACGUGCUCCACUCCCACUGUGGUGUGUUUGUGGACAGCCAGUACCCGUCCUCCCCGCUGACCGGACCCCCCCACCCCAGGGGCCUCCGUAGGUCCAGUGAGGCCAGCAUCGCCAGCCAGGUGUCAGGCAUGGCCGACUCAUACACCGCCUCCAACAUCACCAACACUACUAAAUGCCAAAGCAGCCCGUCUAAGAAGCUGGGUCUCCUUUCCCAGCUAGCGCUUCCUAAACUCCCCUCGAGAAGCCCCUCUCCGCGGGCCAGGAAGAAGAUCCGACCCUUCCUCACUCAUGGACGCACAGACUCAGACCAGGGUGACGACGACGUCACCGUUGACGUCACUGCCUCUGAUGUCUCCUCAGACUUGCCGUCUGACAUCACCGAUACGAACUCUGACACCCCGUCGCCAGACACGCUGAUGGACGUCGAGCAAGUUGCAUCUCGGUGGUGGGGCAGUAAGAGGAUGGACUUUGCCUUGUACUGUCCUGAUGCCCUCACAGCCUUCCCCACUGUAGCCCUGCCUCACCUCUUCCAUGCGUCGUACUGGGAGUCCACUGACGUCGUCUCCUUCCUACUCAGACAGGUGAUGAGGCAUGAGAACUCGAGUAUUCUGGAGCUGGACGGUAAAGAGGUGACCGAGUUCAAGCCCUCUAAACCCAGAGAGAAGUGGAUCCGCAAGAGGACCCACGUCAAGAUCAGGAACGUGACGGCCAACCACCGCGUGAACGAUGCGGUGUUCUCUGAGGACGGAACACAGCUGGUGAUGGGACGCUUCAUGUACGGACCUCUGGACAUGGUCACCCUCACUGGGGAGAAGAUUGACAUCCACAUCAUGACCCAGCCCCCCUCAGGAGAGUGGGUGUACUUUGACACCGAGCUGACCAAUAGCAGCGGACGCAUCUCUUAUGUCAUCCCAGAGAGCAAAAGGCUGGGCAUUGGAGUUUAUCCUGUCAAGCUGGUCGUCAGGGGUGACCAUACGUUUGCGGACAGCUACCUGACGGUGUUGCCGCGGGGAACAGACUUUGUAGUGUUCAGUAUCGACGGCUCGUUUGCUGCCAGCGUGUCCAUCAUGGGCAGCGACCCCAAGGUCAGGGCUGGAGCUGUGGACGUGGUCAGACACUGGCAGGACCUGGGCUAUCUGAUAGUGUAUGUGACGGGUCGUCCAGACAUGCAGAAGCAGCGUGUGGUGGCCUGGCUGUCUCAGCAUAACUUCCCUCAUGGAAUCGUGUCCUUCUGUGACGGCCUGGUCCACGACCCCCUCAGACACAAGGCCAACUUCCUCAAGUCCCUCAUCUGUGAGGCCCAUAUGAAGAUAUUUGCCGCAUACGGCUCUACUAAGGAUAUCACAGUGUACUCCUCCUUAGGCCUGCCCCCAUCACACAUCUACAUAGUGGGACGGCCCACCAAGAAGAUGUCCAGCCAGUGUCAGUUCAUCCCAGACGGCUAUGCGUCCCAUCUGUCUCAGCUGGAGUACAGUCAGAGGUCUCGUCCUGCCAAGACCGCCAGCGCCCGUAUUGUUCUCCGUAAGGGAAGCUUCGGACUGGGCGCCGCCGGGGGGGACUACCUCCGCAAGCGCAACCACAUCCUGCGCUCCAUCAACUCAACUGGGGGGGCGGGCUCUAGCUCCCCUGGCCAACCAGGGCGCACGGAACGCACGCUGAGCCAAUGCGAGGUAGAGAGGGAGAGAGCAGGAGCGGGGACCCAGAGGAGUAUGAGUAUAGCUGCUGGGUGUUGGGGCCGCACCGGGAGCACCAAGGAGGGGUCAGGAGGAUUACUCAGCCCAAAAUAGGACUCACCAGACUGGGCUACAGGGGGGAGGGGACACUACCUGACUCUACCUGGAGCACCAUGAUCUUUGGACUGGCCCCGAGAGAGACAAGGAGAGAGGAUGGAUGGAGAUAGGAAGAAGUAUGUUUAAGAGAGAGAGAGAGAGAAAGGAAAGAAUGGGAUGAAAGUGGGAUAAGGUUUACUGAGGGGCGGAAAGUGAGAGGGAGGGAGGGAGGGAAAAGGGACAAAGAGGGUGAGCAAGAGGAAGAAGCAGGGUCUCUUGGGAAAUAGAUACGAAAGGAAUAGAGAGAGAAGAGAUUGGUUGAGUGAAAAGUAAAGCCAGAAACAUGGGAGGUGCUCUGACUUUGCUGUAAAGAUCAAAUGACAUUUAUACUGUAGCAUUAGAGUCUCACAGUCAAUACUUUUAUAUUACCUACCUUGGCCACUAAAAGAAAAUAACUGGAAAAUAAAAUAAAUUAAAACUAAAAACAAACGAUCGUAAGCCUUAAUCGUCACCCCCUGAGGGCCUGGAGUGCCUACCCUUGUCUGAGUAAUGGUUGAAUGUACUCUCUCUACCUAGAGGACAAUGGGAAUUCGCACACAUACAAACACCCCAGCUCAGGACAGGCCCGGACAGUGGAGCCACAAAAAUAAGACUCAAAUGGUGAUCUGGAGGUCAGUCUGUAGCCAUGACAACAAGUCAACAACUUCAUCUGUUUUUAUCCCUCUAUCCGCUGAGAUACACCUCCUUCCUUCCCGCUAACCCCGUUGUGUCUGGCAAUAAGAAAACGAGUCCCCUCACACUGCCAGGAGAGAAGCACCACUACCCUAUAGAAAGAGAGAGGGAAGAGGAAAAGCAAGAGGAAGAGGGCUGGAAGGAAAGAGGGUGGAUACAGAGAGAGAUGCAAGACAAAAGGGAGGGAGGGGAAAGGUUAUGGAUGACAUGUACAAUUUCCUCUAGUCUAUUCCUGGGCCAUUUCUCUACUUUUAUCAGUGUGGUACUACACAGCGAUUUCUACCGUUGACCUCAGCUCCAGUCCUUUUCACUCCGUAACAGAGUAGCUACUGUACUGUACCACGUCUUUCAGCAUGGCCUGUGGGCCAUCCCAGGCCUUAAACCCCAAUGACACAUUUAUAACGUCAGACUCUGAAGGAUCCCAGGACUGAGCUAGACAAGGCUUGUCAUAACAGUAGACAUUAGUGACACUUUUUAAACGCUGAACAAACGGAACACAGCAGCAAUCCCUUUACCAGACCAUCUGCUUGCAAUACCUCUGAGCCACCAGUGGGGGAGCAGUGUCUCUCUCUGUUUUCCAAAAGCAUGAUGCUGUUGGUAUUCAUUUCAGUUCAUCCUGCGGCGCCUCUUAGCUAUCAACCUUUGUCAUUACACACCAUUCAGUGACACUCCAGUGGACUUCCCUAUGAUGCUCAGAGCUCUUUCCUCCUUGAGUGAUGUGAUGAAUGCUAUUCAUUGGACAUUACUACAUUUUAGUCUGGAUACUAAAAGUGAUCUAGGCUUUUCACAGUGAUUUAAGCUUUUCAGCGAACCCUCACUAUUCAAAGGACGGAAGCGGGACGUUUCAUGAUUCCUAACAAACAGACGAGGACAGGCGAUUAGGUCACAGGAAGAAGGGUUGUAAACGUUCUGAGAGCAGACAGGAUGGCCAGACAUCCUCAGAGGCAGGAAGACAUGUUUUGAUUCCACUUUAUUUCACAGUUCCCCUAUCCUGUUUUCUUUUUUUACCUGUUUUUUACCUAAUAAUAACCACCACCUGAUACCAAGUUGUUUCCAAUUGUGAUUCGUUAUCUGAAGUACCAGAGAAUAUACCAUGUUAUUACUUAGCAAAUACCAGCUGGUAUCGGACUAUAAAAUUAAGGGUUACUAAUGCUUUCACUAAAGCUAUGGCAACCUGUACAGAGAAUUUUAGAUGAACACCUAACUCUCAUACUACAUGUUAUCUAAUACCUGGCCCCUACUGUAUGGUUAGGUAUUAUCAUCGUCUUCAAUUAUAUCCCCAUUACUAAUCACACAAAGCCAACAAUCUCUCUCUCUAGCGGCUGUAGUAUCUCAACCUGUUCAACCUCGUUGUUGUUUUUUGCACUCGUUUAUGUUGGAGAAUCGUGUUACCGUCUCAUGUCGCUACAUAUUGUUACCUUUUUGUAGUGCAUGACAUAAAAAACGAUUCAUUAUUGCAGGGUAUAUGUGCUGCAGUAGUACACACACUCGUGUACAUUUAUUCAAUGUCAGGAUUACUGAAUAAUGUAGAAUAACGUGCCAAAAAAACUAAACAGUUGUUGGGUGUGGGAAGCUAAUGUGCCAGGCUGUAUCCCACCAUUUCUUUGUAUAGUGAGAAGAGUCGGGGCUUGCAUUGAGAGCAUGACGGCGUGGCUUUAGUUGAAAAGGCACGUGUUCUAUACUGUAUUUUAACUAUGUCAAUCAGAUUACUUCUGAUUUGCAGAUCUUUUUUAAUCCAAUAUGUUGUCCACAUCUAAGGGACAUAAUGGCUAGCUGUAUAGGAUGUGGUUAUGGUUGUACUUUUACUUAUAACUUGAGAGCUUGGAAGCUCUAGCAUAUUGUUUGAUUCUAGGCACAUGCUACUAUUGCCAACUUGCAUUUAUUGCAACCUGUUAUGACACCGCUCCAGCGCAGUAGCAUAGGUGAUGAUUGUUAGUUAAAGCAAUAGUUCACUUCAAAAUAAACUUUUUUUUGUCAGACAUUGAUCAGACCUAUAUAUAUUUAAAAAUAAAAUAAAAAAGGUUGUAACUUUAAGUCUCUGUCCCACACCAUUGGUUGUGUAGAUCCAGCUGCAUAAGGUCCCUUUUGAGGUUUGACCAAGUCGUACAAACUUUGAUCUUUCAGUGAACUACGACUUUAAUGAAGGAUGUAGACUGGAGCUGUAGGUGACGAUCUGGAAGGCACUAGGGAAGGUAUUGGAUACAGCCAUACUGUUUCCCCUCUGCCCUGAUGAUGAGCUGAAUGUCUUCCUGCUAUAGGCUUGGAGAGCCCAGACUACAUGAUCCAUGGAUAUGUCUGUCUGUCUGUCAGUGUAGAUACUGUAAAAAAGGAUACUGUAUAUGUAAGAAUAUAAUGGUUGAGAGGUAUUUAUUUACGCAACAUGAGUUUAAUUUCUAUUAUGGAUCUUUCAGGUGAACAAUAUUUGAAUAUGUAGCGUUUUGUUUAUGAUGAGGACCAACAGUCAGUGGAAGGUGUGUAUUUUCUUUGCCAAUAUUAUUGUUUCAGUCGCAGGGUAGCAUGACCACAACAAGGCACAGACAGAGACAAUCUAUCGAACAUGCACGAGUAUAGACAACAUUAACAACAUCCACUUAUCCACUGUCCCACCCCUUCACACUUCUGCUGUCCCUUUACAAAGGUUAACCGUUAAAGGUUCAAUUAUUUUAUAGUGAAAACAAAACUAUUUUUCAAACUGGACCAUUUUACAAAGCCUUGACAAAAUACUGUAUUGCUUCCUAUCUUCUGUGAAGGCAGUUUUUCCCCCCUUCAGAAUGAAGAAAUGUUUGAUUGUGAACUUGUCAUGUGAAAUUUCAUCCUGAUGAACCUUCUAUUUUACCUGUAAUAUGUGGUGUUCAAAAUAAUUCAGACUGGGUUAGCCAUCAAUAUUGUAUACAGUAGUUAUAUAUAAAUUAUGUUAACCACUAACCCUUAUAGUAUGUCUUGAAAUUGAAAUGUGUUCCAGAAAGAACUAUUGUUUAUAUUUGAGAAUAUUAGAAUUAUUGCCACUUUAGUAGCAGUCUUGCAUGUACUGUACUAUUAGAUGCCAGUUUUACACUCGGUACAGAACAUGUUCUACUUUAUGGGGCCACGUGUGUGACUGAAUAGUUAUUAUAGUUCAAUGCCUUGUAGAUAUGUCAAGGAUAAAUAAUCAACAAAGGGCUAUGCAUUCUAUGGAAAAUAUUGAAGAUGUUUCCAGAGAACGCACAGAGCCCCGAGUUGAUUAUCCUUUUCAUACCAUGGCUAUAACUGAACACAUUUGGCACUAAGAAUGUGUUAAUUUGUUUACUGGAUAGCUACAACAGUUGCCUUGGUAAACAAACAGACUCGCUAGUUUAGCUAACCAAACCACCAGUCCUAGCUUGCUAUUAUGAAAAUGUAAUUCAACAAUGCCAAUAAUGUUUUCAAUUCGACUUUUGAUUUCAAAAGCAGCUCAAACAUAGAGCAUGUAAGAAUUAACUAUAGCCAAUGAAUUCUACCGUGCUGAUAUACCCUGUGUUAUAGGGAAAUAAUGCAUGCUCUAGAAUGCCCUUCAAGCCAUUCAGAAACAAGUAUUCAACAACGCCAUGGAUAAGUCCCAGUCGGUAUUAAGUCGUAUUCAAUUAUUGUUGGCUGCUUGUUUAAGUCGAUUACAAAACUACAUUUGAGAAAAGUACAACAUGCCUAUAGAUUGCUUUUCAACAUCGCCUGCUCCCUAGCAUUCUCUACUUAGAAAUACGUAAUAUUGUAAGGCUUCCCUCAUGCGCCUUUUCAUGACUGUGCUAGGAGGCGAUGACUGAGUGCUAGCUAGCUACCGACCGGAACAUUAAGCUAGCCAAGACCAACAACAUAAACAAACGGAAAACAUUUAAUCACAGGUAAGACAUUUAGUACAGUCCGUUUGUAACUCCACUCACUACUUAUAGCUGUAUAGUCAGUUUGUUUGUGUUGUUGGUCUUCGCUAGCUUAAUGUUCCGGUCGGUAUCUAGCUAGCUAGCACACUACUCGUGUGGCUGUUAGCGCUGUUAUGAAAAGGGGCAUGAGGGAAGCCCUACAAUAUUACACUUUUCUAAGUAGUGAAAAUACUUGGGAGCAUUCAAUGUUGAAAAGUAAUCUUUAGGCAUGCUGUACUUUUCUUAACUGUAGUUUUGUAAUUGACAAAAAGAAGUAGACAAAGACAAAAUUGUGUUUGAAAAAGGUCACGUUUUUGCUUUGAGCCAAUGGCGUAACCAAGGUGAUGGUUGGAUUGGUUUCCCCCUAGGCGGUCGGGGCCGCGACGUUCUAUCUAAUACCGACUAGGAGUAUAACCAGGUAUAACGAGAACUAUAUAACAAUGUGUUCAGUCGGUUCUGUGCUAACGUUCCACUCCUUGUCAUGCCAACCAUUUUUUAAUGUUUGAAAUGCCAUGGAUGUGGCAACGAGUGUAAUGCACAAACAGACUGCAUUUCAGGCUGACAAUGUGUACCCACGGUGUAAUUAACACUGUACCUGCUUAUGUAGCUGCCAUGUAAAUACAUAGAUUUCUGAACAUUUUGUUAAUAUACUGUAAAGUGGGACCAAUAUAUUUAUCUACAUACAGUAUACAUAAAAUGUAUGUCAUUUACUCAAGCAUUAGUAAUAUAAAAUGUACACAAGCUUUACUUGAUUAUUUCCAUGAACAGAUUGGAAAUGUUUUGUAUUAGUACAAUGCCGUUAUGAUUAUCAUAGCACUGUAAAAUAUACAUAUACAGCGCAUUCGGGAAGUAUUUUUUUCCACAUUUUGUUACGUUACAGCCUUGUUCUAAAAAGGAUCUAAAAUCAGUCUACACACAAUAGAAAUUGUUGCAAAUGUAUUAACAUUUUUAAAAACAACUGAAAUAUAAAAUGUACAAAAGUAUUCAGACCCUUUACGCAGUACUUUGUUGAAGCACCUUUGAGAGCGAUAACAGCUCGAGUCUUCAUUGGGUACACAACUGUAUUUGGGGAGUUUCUCCCAUUCUUCUCUGGAGAUCCUCUUAAGCUCUGUCAGGUUGGAUGGGGAGCGUCACUGCACAGCUAUUUUCAGAUCUCUCCAGAGAUGUUUGAUCGGGUUCAAGUCUGGGCUUUGGUUGGACCACUCAAGGACAUCAGAGACUUGUCCCAAAGCCUCUCCUGCGUUGACUUGGCUGUGUGCUUAGGGUGUGCUUAGGGUCGUUGUCUGAGGUCCUGAGCGCUCUGGAGUAGGUUUUAAUUAAAGAUCUCUCUGUACUUUGCUCCCUUCAUCUUUCCCUCGAUCCUGACUAGUCUCCCAGCCACCAUGCUGCCACCACCAUGCUUAAACGUAGGGAUGGUAUCGACCAGGUGAUGAGCGGUGCCUGGUUUCCUCCAGACGUGACUCUUGGCAUUCAAGCCAAAGAGUUCAAUCUUGGUUUAAUCAGACCAGAGAAUCUUGUUUCUCAUCGUCUUGAGAGUCUUUAGGUGCCUUUUGACAAAUUCCAAGUGGGCUGUCUUGUGCCUUUUACUGAGGAGUGGCUUCCGUCUGGCCACUCUACCAUAAAGGCCUGAUUUAUGGAGUGCUGCAGAGAUGGUUGUCCUUCUGGAAGGUUCUCCCAUCUCCACAGAGGAACUCUGGAGCUCUGUCAGAGUGACCAUCGGGUUCUUGGUCACCUCCCUGACCAAGGCCCUUCUCCCCCGAUUGCUCAGUUUGCCUGGGCAGCCAGCUCUAGGAACAGUCUUGGUGCUUCCAAACUUCUUCCAUUUAAGAAUGAUGGAGGCCACUGUGUUCUUGGGGACUUUCAAUGCUGCAGAAACUGUUUGGUACUCUUCCCUUCGACCCAAUCCUGUCUCGGACAAUUAGUUUGACCUCAUGCCUUAGUUUUUGUUUUUGCUCUGACAUGCACUUUCAACUGUGGGACCUUAUAUAAACAGGUGUGUGCUUUUCAAAAUAAUGUCCAAUCAAUUGAAUUUACCACAGUUGGACUCCAAUCAAGUUGUAGAAACAUCUCAAGGGUGAUCAAUGGAAACAGGAUGCACCUGAGCUCAAUUUCAAGUCUCAUAGCGAAGGUAUUUAUGUUUGUUAUUUUUCAUAAAUUUGCAAAAUGUGAAAAAAGUCAAGGGGUCUGAAUACUUUCCAAAUGCACUGUGUGUGUGGUAUGUAUGUAUGUGUAUAUAUAUAUAUAUAUGGUAACAUAUAUUGUUCGAGGUGGCAAUAAUUUAAGUACAUUUUGAGUAUAUGCAGUUUAUUUGACAUAAGUGCAUAAUCAUAUAAUGAAUAUUUGAAUUUGCAGGCAUGUACAUAAAUUAAAUAGUGUUUUGUACCUCUUACAAUCUCACCCAUUUCCCUUUGUAGUUUGUAGCGGGUCUGGAUUUCAAAUAGGCAUUAUUAAAGAAGUCUGUAGGAAGUAUACUUAUGUAAUUGAUGUGGCACUCUUAUUCAAAACACCACCAACAUCAGAAUUGCUUCUUUGGGAGGUUUUGAUACCAAGUUUAGUUUUCAAAACAAGGAGUGGUUACAAUGUUUAGUUAUGUAUGAACAGUUCCUUUUGACUUUUUCAAAAUGUUGCUGUGUUACAAAGUGGUAUUAAAAUUGAUUUAAAUUUCUUUUCUUUUUAAAUUUCGAUCUACACAAAAUACUCUAAUGUCAAAGUGAAAGAAAAAUUCUAACUUGUAAAAAAGAAAAACACUAAUAUUUCUCAAUUAGAUAAGUAUUCAACCCCCUGAGUCAAUACAUGUUUGAAUCACCUUUGGCAGUGAUUACAGUCAUGCUGGUUAAGUCUCUAAGAGAUUUACACACCUGGAUUGUGCAACAUUUGCCCAUUUAUUCUUUAAGCACUGUCAAAUUGGUUGUUGAUCGUUGCUCGACCACCAUUUUCAGGUCUUGCCAUAAUAUUUUCAAGUGGCUUUAAGUCCAACUGUAACUCAGCCACUCAGGAACAUUCACUGUCUUCUUGGUAAGCAACUCGAGUGUAGAUUUGGCCUUGUGUUUUAGGUUAUUGUCUUACUGAAAGGUGAAUUCAUUUCCCCGUGUCUGUUGGAAAGCAGACUGAACCAGGUUUUCCUCUAGGAUUUUCCUGGUGCUUCCAUUCCAUACAUUUUUUUAACCUGAAAAACUCCCCAGUCCUUAAUGAUUACAAGCAUAACCAUAACAUGAUGCAGCCACCACUAUUCUUGGAAAUAUGUAGAGUGGUACUCAGUAAUGUGUUGUAUUGGACUUGCCCUAAACAUAACACUUUUGUAUUCAGGACAAAAAGUGAAUUGCUUUGCUACAUUUUUUUGCAUUAUUACUUUAGUGCCUUGUUGCGAACAGGAUGCAUGUUUUGGAUUAUUCUGUACAGGCUUCCUUUUUUUCACUCUGUCAAUUAGGUAAGUAUUGUGGAGUAACUACAAGGUUGUUGAUUCAUCCUCAGUUGUCUCCUAUCAUAGCCGUUAAACUCUAACUUUUUUAAUGUCACCAUUGGCCCCCUGAGCGGUUUCCUUUCUCUCCGGCAACUGAGUUAGGAAGGACACCUGUAUCUUUGUAGUGAUUGGGUGUAUUGAUACACCAUCCAAGGUAUAGUUAAUAACUUCACCAUGCGCAAAGGAAUGUUCAAUGUCGGUUUAUUUUCCCCCCAUCUACCAAUAGGUGCCUUUCUUUGAGAGACAUUGGAAAACUGCUUGACUUGACAGAUAAUUGAAUGUGUGAGGUACAGAGAUGAGGUAGUCAUUCAACAAUCAUGUUAAAGACUAUUAUUGCACACAGGGUGACUUGUUAAGUAAAUGUUUACUCCUGAACUUAUUUAGGCUUGCCAUAACAAAGGUUUUGAAUACUUAUUGACUCAAGACAUUUCAGCUUUCAAUUUUCUAUGAAUUUGUAAAAAAAAAAUAUUGAAAAACAUCAUUCCACUUUGGCAUUAUGGGGUAUUGUGUGCAGGCCAGCUCCAAAACAUCUCAAUUUAAUCCAUUUUAAAUUCAGGUUGUAACACAACAAAAUGUGGAAAAAGUCAAGGGGUGUUAAUACUUUCUGAAGGCACUGUAGUUCCCUCACUCAUCUCUAUCUCUCUCGCUCUCUCUCUGGUUCAUAGGUCAUUUUACCCUUCCUGGGUGAGCGCUCAAUGUAUUAUUGUCUGUACUGUGGAAUAAAUACAAUUGGACAAUAACA